AUGCGUGUCGAAAAUUGCUUCUUCUGCGGGAGGCCCGCUUGGCCCAGCAAGGGCAUCACAUUCAUGAGAAAUGACGGCAAAUCCUUCCGGUUCUGUCGUUCCAAAUGCCACAAGAACUUCAAGAUGAAGCGUAACCCGCGGAAGCUCAAGUGGACCAAGGCGUACCGCAAGAACGCGGGCAAGGAGAUGGUGGUGGACAGCACGCUGCAGUUCGCCGCACGGCGCAACGUGCCCGUGCGCUACGACCGCGAGCUCUUCGCCAAAACGCUCAAGGCCAUGGAGCGCAUCAGCGAGAUCCGCGCCCGCCGCGAGCGCGUCUUCUACAAGAAGCGCAUGGCUGGGAAGCGCGCCCGCGAGCUCGCCGCCGCCCGCAAGCUCGUUGAGCAGAACGAGCACCUGCUCCCGCGCCUGCGCGCAAGCACCAAAAAGGAGCUGGAGGCCAAGGCCGCCGAGAUGGGCGUCGAGGUGGAGGAGCUCGAGCGCGAGGAGCUCGCCAAGCUGCGGAGCAGCAAGAAGACAAAGGUGUUUGGCCGCGAGGUGGUCAGGCAAAGGGUACGGACGGACGGUGGCGUCGAGGAGAUUCCUGGGUCCGGGGAGGGUCAUAUGCACGGGGACGGACAUGACUGGGAAAACAACGACGACGACGACGACGACGACGACGACGAAAUGGAUACCGAUUGA